AUGAGUUCAGAAAGCACCAGUGGAGUUAUAAUGGACGAGAAACACCAUGGCGUGUCUGUUUCACACAAAGAGGUCGAUACUGCAGCCCAACUGGCAGCUGGGUUUUCCGGAAACUUGGAUCCUGAGGAGGCUCUACGCAUACGCAAGAAAAUUGAUAGGCAUAUCCUUCCCCUGAUGUGCCGUAAGGUGCAGUUCAUGGACAAAACUACGCUAGGAAAUUCUGCUGUCCUCGGGAUCGAGCUGGGAACCGUUUUCUACCUCAGCUAUCUACUGUUUGAGUAUCCACAGAAUCUCGCCUUACAACGAUUGCCAGUCGGAAAAUGGAUGAGCGCAAAUAUCUUCGUCUGGGCCAUUGCGUUGUCAUGUCACGCCGCCUGCAAGAACUUCACGGGAUUGUUUAUCGUGCGAUUCAUCCUUGGCAUGUGCGAGGGUUCGAUUACAGCCGGCUUCCUGAUUGUCAGCGCGAUGUUUUACACUCGUAAAGAACAAACCUUGAGGGUGAGAUACUGGUCACAGAUUUUUUCUGGACUCCUUGCUUUUGGCGCGCUGCAUAUCCACACGAGCGGCUUCGAACCAUGGCAGUGGUUGGUGUUCAUGAUAAUCACUGGUAUCAUAACGUUAAUACUGGCAAUUUCCUAUUGGUUUUUAUUUCCAGACUCGCCAACCACUGCAUGGUUCCUCACGCCUGACGAGCGCGUGAAGGCAGUACAGCGGAUCAAAGAAAACCAAACUGGCGUCGAAAAUAAGCAUUUUAAGCAGGGACAAUUCAUCGAAGCCAUCUGUGACCCGAAGACAUGGCUUUUUGCCGCCUUUUCAGCAUUCGACAACAUCCCAAACUCACUUACUAACCAACAAUCGCUCCUUGUGGCCUCGCUUGGGUUUACGGACCUUCAAACGACUCUCUUCACGAUGAUACCGGGUGUCAUCGAGAUUUUGACCAUCUACACUGGCGUCAAGUUGGCGGCACGCUUCAGGAAUGGGAGAGCGUAUGUCGGUGCUAUAUAUUUUGUGCCGGCAUUGAUAGGUAUUGCGCUGGUGAACCUCUUGCCAUGGAACGACACAGCUGGUUUACUAGUGGGCCAGUGCAUGACCGUCAUCUCUGGCACGGGAUUUGUGCUUGCCUUGUCCUGGCUCGGUAAUGUAACGGCUGGCCAUACAAAGAGGGUGGUCACCAAUGCUAUCGUGUUAUCGGCCUAUUGUAUCGGAAAUGCUACUGGCCCCCUCAUGUGGAAAGCUCAGUAUAAACCACGCAAUCAUGUCCCCUGGGCUGUCAUAGCUGCCUGCUAUUCCGUUUGUCCGAUGAUUCUCCUCGUCGUCCGCGUUCUUCUCGACGGGGAGAACCGAAGGCGGGAGUCGGAGCCUUCGGACGAAGUCGAAGAGUACUAUGUCGAGAAGGUAACGGAAGGUGGUAAACAGAUCAAGGUCAAGGUCGACAAGGAAUUCAUGGACUUAACGGAUCGCCAGAACCGUGACUUCAGAUACGUACUGUAA